AUGCCAGGUCGUCUCGAAGGAAAGAUUGCCCUCAUCUCCGGCUCGACGCAAGGGUUCGGACGCGGGAUCCUGGAGACCUUUGUACGAGAGGGGGCAGUCGUGCUGGGCAUGGAUUUGCAGGCUGUUGACGGCCCGGUCGACGGGUACCCUGAGCAUCAAGCCUACCAGAUCAAGGCCAACGUGGCCGAGGAAGAGAGCUGGAAAAAGGCGCUCUCGACGUCCAUCGCACGAUUCGGAAACGCGCCCUCGAUUGUUGUACACAAUGCUGGAUGGUCGUACCCUAAUAAAUCCGGUCUCGACGUGACGGUGGAGGAGUUCGAUCGUCUCUUCAACGUCAACGUCCGCAGCAUUUAUCUAGCGUCCAGGGUCCUCGUUCCCGAGAUGAAGAAGAAUGGCCCCGGCUCAACGGUGGUCAUCUCUAGUGAGAAUGCCAUCCGACCCGGGGCGACCCAGACCUGGUACAACGCCACCAAGGCGGGGGUCUCCUCGGCGACCAAGUCCAUGGCGCUGGAGUUCGCCCGGGACCAGCUGCGCUUCAACACGAUCUGUCCGACUUCAGGAAACACGCCGCUGCUGAACAAGUUUGCUGGGAUUGGCGAUGGGCCUGUUCCGGCGGAGAUCAUCAAAGCCAAGUGUGAGGCGAUCCCGAUCGGUCGUUUGGUGGAGCCGUCGGAUGUCGCUAACGUUGCUUUGUUUUUGGCUGAGCCGGCGAGCUCGAUCAUUAGUGGGGUGGAGAUUUUGGUUGAUGGUGCGCGUUGUGUAUAGGCGUGGCUAGAUAAUUAACAGCUUGAAUCUCACUUUGAACUAAAGUAUUCCUGAUCUGUAUCAUUAUCAUUCCUUGUGAGUAGUAAGUCCUUCUGUGCUGUAGCCCAAGAUAAAAUAAUAGCACUUCGU